CCUUGACUGAAUGACACUUCCUGUGCAAACAAAGCAAUACUAAUUUACUGUGCACUGACAUAAUAAUAAUAGUAAUUAUUAUUAUAAUUAAAAGAAAAAAAAACAAAAAGAUUUCAAGUCAGUUACAAGAUUCUGUUUCUUUUGCCUCACUUUCCUCACCUAUCUCUCUCUCUCUCUCUCUCUCCUUCUUUUUAACCUCAUUGUUGGUCUUGGAGACUCAGUUCCUAUUGCCAAUUGCAACAGCAGAUGAUGAUGGAAACAAGUGGUGGGAGAGGAAGAAGCAUGUUUCCCUUCACAGAAUCCCAAUGGCAGGAACUUGAGCUCCAAGCUCUCAUCUUCAAGUACAUCUCCUCAGGCCUCCCCAUCCCCUCCGAUCUCAUCUUCUACAUCAACAACAUCCCACCAGGUAUGUACGAAUCUCUCACACUCUCGUGCGUAAAAAUUUUUUCUGCGGAUAGUACAAAUAUAUUAGAUGGCUCGGAUGCAUUUCAUCGCUACUGCUGUCUGCCGAUAUCACAACCAGCUAAGAGGGAAAUUGCUGUGGGCCCCGCCAAUGGUGUAGGUGGGUGUGGGUGGGGGUGCUUCUACCAGGUGGGGAGGAGGGGAGCAGAGGAGGACCCAGAGCCAUGGAGGUGCAGGAGAACAGAUGGGAAGAAGUGGAGGUGCUCAAAAGAGGCCUACCCAGAUUCCAAGUACUGUGAGAGGCACAUGCACAGGGGGAAGAACCGUUCAAGAAAGCUUGUGGAAUUGUCUCUUUCCACCUCUUCCACUCCAGCUUCCUCCACACCCAUUCCAGCUCCUGCAGAUUCCUCCUCUCCUCCAUCUUUUGCUUCAGCUGCUGCAGUAGUGGCUCCUCAGAAUCAGCACUUGCUCUUUCCCUGCUUCACCCCCUCAAAUCCACCUACUAAUUGCUGCACCCAACCAUAUAAGAUUCACAGGAACUUACAUGGACUCAGGAAGGAUAUAAAUGAGUACCCUUUCUUCACAGGAGGAAUCGGUUCCAUUGGUGAGCCAAAUCCAAACUCUGCUUACCUGCAGAGCAGUGACUGUACCUUCACCACCAAUCCUUCUUCUAAGGAGAGGGGCCAAUUUUACUUUUUCCUGGGUUCUGAUGCAAAAUCAGAGGUGCCCAUGAAGAUAGAGAGUGAGGAGUGUUCCCAUAAACCCAGAAAUUUUCACCUUUUUAUUCAGUGAGGUGGUAUAAUAAUAAUAAUAAUAAUAAUAAUAAUAAUAAUAAUAAUACUAAUAGUAGUAGUAGUAGUAGUAGUACUAGUAAGUAAAGUAAGCAUGGAUGUAAUGUAAUGUAAUGUUAUGGAGCACAAAUUUUGGUCACAAUGGUUGGUGUU